AUGGGCAGUGGCAUGGCACAACUACAAGUGCAAUCGACGCCAAACCUUAGGCUCUUCUCAAACGACGAAAAGUUACUACUUCAGCAUGAAUACACAAAUUCUGUGUUUAUUUUCAAUGUAGACAAUGGCUCCAUCUGUGGUGGUCCAUAUGAACAACCAGGGCUGCAGUCUGCAUUUGUCCGCCCCGAAAAUGAGCAAGAAUUGAUAUUAAUAGGCGAAAGGCUCGUUGUAGCAUGGAAUCCACUCUGUGGGGGGGGUGUAUUAGAGCUGGACAAGUUGUCUAAUGAAAUAGAGGCCGACUUGCCAAAUGGAUGCAACCCCAUGUAUCUAUCAUGGCGUCAUCAAACACUUAUGUGGAUCACUGACUCGGUAAUACAUCUCCAUCGUAUCCAUUUGGCACCCAUUUCCCUCCCAGAACCAGCAGGACUUCUGGAGCAAAUAAAGAAUUUGUUUUUUCAAAGUUCCCAGACUUCUCAGCAGCCCAGCCCUGUCGUUAAAUACCUUCUCUCCCCCAAUGGGAAUCACCUGGCAACUUUGAUAGAAGGGACUAUCCAAAUAUGGGACUGCAAUUCAGGGACUCUUUUCAUGUCACAAGAUGUGGAAUCCAUUUGGGAUGUGAAAAUGAUAUUUGCUGACCAUUCACUUUCACUAAUCGUUCAGAGACCACAAGAGCUGGUGCUACUGAACCUCGAACAUCAUUCAAUCACACAAUUUAAGGUCAUGGAUCUCGCUUUCGUUGCUUUUUUUUCAUUCACCAUUGCCCUCCACUUGCUUUCUUACGGUUGA